AAUAUUAAGUAUGGCUCCUACCAUGAAAAACAUGACUUGAUGAAAAUGAAUAGGAAUAAGCAAGUUGUAAUUGACACAAUAUCGUGAUACUGUAUUGUAUUGUGUGCUCUUUCAGAGAGUAGUUCUGUGAUUAAUCUUUACAUCUUUUCAAUUAAGGAAUAAGAAAUUCGCAAUAAUAGACAAAGAGUAUAUUUAUUAUAUAUAUGAUUCAAAGAUGAAUUCCGAUACAAAUAUCACAAAUCAUAAAUAUCAAAAAGAACUUAUUUACAAUAAAUUACUACCAUAUGCAAAAGAUUUAGAAAAUGAAUCUCAAGUAUUGUUAUCUGAAAUUAAAGGAAAUUUAGGACGAGCUAUUAUGUACCGUGAAAUGCAACCAGGAUGUAGUUUUUGGACCACCAGAUUAUGCAAAUAUAUAAAGAUAUAUGGUAUGAAGUUCAGCAAAGAAGAUCAUAUAUACUUUAUUAAAUUAAUGUAUGAACUAAUCAUUAUACCAAAUCUUGAUCCAUUCUUAAUCAACAAAUUUGGGUCUACUUUAAUUUUAUUGUUAAAAAAGAAAGAAUUACUUUCUCCAAAUGAUUUAGAACUUCCAUGGAGACCUUUGUAUGAGUUAAAUCAAAGAGUACGAAUGAGCGCAGAAUCAUCCAUAGGAAUGUUCCGUUACUUUCCAUUUUUAGGAUGCACAUUAAACUCUUUAAUACAUUCUGCAAAAAUUUAUUUUCCGUUAAAUGCAACGCAAGAAAUCUUGGAUGAAUUGAGGCCUAUGAUAUGUCCAUUUGAUGUAGUCACUAUGUCUAAUACCUUUAAAACAUUAGAAUAUUUUUUACCAGUACAUUUAUCUCCAGAGUAUCAUUCAUUUGGACACGAAUUAUGGUUCAAUGAAUUUAUGACGUUGUGGGAAGUCUGCCAUAAUGGACCACAAUGGGAAAAUGAAAUAAUGUGGUUAAUGGCUAAAUUAGCAUUUGCAAAUAUUGGUUAUAUUAACUGGGAACCAUAUAUACCUCUUAUGUUUACCAGAUUUGUGCGUUGUUUAAAUUUACCUGUAUCAUAUAAACAGACACAAAGCAUCAAAAGUCAUAAAAUAGAAAUGCUACCUAUUGCUAUAUGGAUAGUAUCAGUUCUGGGUAAUAAAUCCAGUGCACAAAUGUAUCUUGAAAAAUUUCUGAAGACUAUAGAAACAUAUUUCCAUGCAGCGAAUAUCGGUCGAUGGUCUGGAAAAUUGAAAGAAUUGCUUACAAAAUUACCAUACCGCUUUAUUUUACGUGUUCAUAAAGAACGAUACGCUAAGCCAACUUGGGAAACACCAAUUCCUGAUGAGUACAAAUUAAGUGAUGAAGAUAUUAACAUUUUUGUUAAGAGUAUGAUGCCAGUAGCUAUGACAGCAAUGUUUAGCAAAUUAAGUGCUAAUGAUACUUGUCAUGCUUUACAACAUCUUGCUACUAUGAGACCUAGCUUAGUAAUACCACAAGUUCUAGAGAGGAUGUAUUCUACACUAGAUUCUCUUACAGAACCUCACAAACUUACAGCAGCAAUGAUUUGUAUGGUAGCUGUAGCUAGACCCAUGGUACAAGGAUCUAGAAAUAUAAAUAAAGGAUAUACAUAUCCAGAAGGUCCAAUGCACGUACUACCUCUUCUUUUUUCUUCUCUGCCAGGCAUAGAUCCAAAUGAUAUAGGAAAGUGUUUUGUUACAUUUCGUCUAAUUUCUGUAUAUGCCAUUAUGAUACCCAUUGUGGAUUCGUCUAGAUCACCUGCAAUAGCGGACGAAGAAGAGAGAUUGAUUUGUGAAACAACAUCGCGUUUUGAAGAUUUUAUUUUGCAAUUCUUAGAUAGGGUUUUUACCUUCAUAGAUUGUAGUUCAUUAGAAUUUGUAAGACCUGAAAAUCGUGCUGGUGAUGGGAAGAGUAAAUUAGAAACUACAGCAGAAACGGUGUUAGAAGGAGUGUGCUCAACUUUAUUACUUAAAACUAGUAAUGCAAUUUUUCUCAGUGCUUUACAUAAGUUACGUACAUUCGUGACUGAACGUAUUUUAGAAACAAAAAUCGCUGGCCAACUAGUAGCUGUACUUUGUCGAAUUUUUGUACGAGUUAAUGGUCAGGAUACACUACGUGCUCUAGUACCUUUAUUAUCUCAAACGAUAUUAGACAUAAUUAAUGAAGGAGAGGAUGUCAUCAAAGAAGAAAAUUUAGAUAAUCGUUUAUUAUAUGCAAUGCUUCUACUAUCUGCAGUUGCUGAAACACCAGGUCAUAAUUUAUUACCACAUAUAAAUACUUUCUUGAAAGUUCUUGAUCAAGUGUUAUUGUUAAGAUCGAGAGAAGGAAGCAAGCUUGCAUGUCGCAUACUUAAAAAUUUGCUUACGUCAUUGUCCACUGUUAUCUUCUGCCAAUUUCGAACUGUCGAGAGGGAUUACAAUGAUCCAGAAUAUCCUUACACAAGAGAUUGGGGUGAAGCAAUAGAUAUCGACUCUUUACGCAUUAAGUGGUAUGUUCCUGGGAAAGAAGAAAUUGCAACGAUUCAACAAAUAUUCUCCAAAUAUUUGCCGCAAGAAAUAGAAAAAUUACAAAAAUACUGCCAUGAUUGGAAUUCAUUAACACGGGAGGAGCUGCUGACCAGUCUGAAUAUUGUAAGCAGUAUUGUUGGAGGCUGUGAGUCUGUUUUACCAUUGUGGAAAGAAUCUCCACUUCCUGUCGUCGAAACAUCUUUAGAAUGGAUACCAUUUACUCCAACUCUUGGUAUCACAGGAGAAAUCGUUAUGCCUGAUGGAAGUAAUGUGAGACGGUAUAUGACAGAGAUCUUGAGUAAUCUACAAUAUGUAUUACUGAAAAAUGCAGAAGAUGAUACAAAAAGUUUAUUUGUUUUGGUGCAGAUAUGGAAUAGUUUACUAUUGGGAAAGAUGCGUUUGUAUGAAAGUUACGAAGGAAGACGUAAAAGUUUUCAAGCUGCACAGUGUAUGUUGAAUGAUAAAUUGGUGGGAAAUAAAAAGCGUAUAGGAGCCGUUAUAUUAGAACGUGUUGAUAUUCAGCAUGAAGCACGACUUCAAGUACAGUCUUACGUAUUAACGGAAACUCAUAAAAAUAUAAUGUUAGAACUUCUAGCAUUAGCCACUAGCAGAUAUGCCGAUGUACGUUCGAAAGCACAAUGUAUUCUUUUUUAUGGGCUUCGACACUUCCCAUACUCAUAUACAUUCAUUGUCCCUCGUUUAAUGGAUAUUUUGGCAAAAGAUACUGACGAACAUCAUGAUGCUUAUAAGGGAGUUCUAUAUAUUUUAUUUGGUCCACAACAUGAUCCUAUUAUGACCAAACGUGAUUGGAAUAUGUUGCGAUCUUUGUGGCCAAGAAUUGUUCUUUCCAAGCCGUCUGAGAAACUUUCGGUGAUUCGAUUAAAAGAAAAUUUAAUUGAAACUGUAAAAAAUAAUUUUCCAACUUAUGUCAUUACACUUGAAAUACCAGAUAGAUGUUUGAUUGCUGCAUCUAAAUUAUGGAAUACUUUCCCAUAUCCUACUUUAAUGCAACUUAAUGAGAAUGAAAUUCAACGUGGUUUACAAAAAUUGAAAGAACACUCCGAAUCUAAUUUAGUAGCAUAUCAUGGACUUCUGGAUGAUUUAUUAAAUGCCAUUUUAGAAGAAAAUCUUCAUUGGAGGCAUAGAUUAAUGUCAAUGAAUUUUAUAAAAAGCUUGGUUCAUCCUGAACAAAUAUAUUCACCUAAAAUAGUGCGAUAUUUUUUAGAAGCAUUGAUUCAUGAUUCGUUAGAAGAAAGAAAAAUUGCAAUCCGCACAGUAAUUUAUAUGCUUAAGCAACAAAAAAGAAAACAUCCAAAGAUAACUAUUGAUAUAAAGGAAGAACGCGAAAAAGAAUUAUUAUUUACAGAUAAAUUUAAUGUUGCGAUACCUGGAAAAAGGGCAGACAAUGCGUGGUUGCAAUAUGACUACGACACACGUCCGUUGACAUCAGAACAAUGGAACGAACCAAGAUUUGUUCAUCAACCAUACAUUGGUUAUUAUAUAUGGCCAAAAAAAUUAGAGGUUUAUGCACCAUCGUCAGAACAACCAAGUUUUGAUCCUAAAAUUCGUAAAUUAACAGAUCAUGAGAUGGAGAUUGAACGUUUCUUUAACGAUCCUCAGAAUGUGGAAAAACUGAUUAAAUUCUAUAGUAUUGAAGAGAAAAAGGAUAAGGAUAAAUUUAACGUUUACAAAUGUCUCCUAUUUAAAAGUAUUUUUCGAAAUCUUGGGAUUAUUCCUUUAAAACACUUUUUGCCACAUUUGCGUAAAUUAGUUACAGAUAAGCAAGAAAGUAGUCAAAGAUGUGCUGCAGAAAUUACUGCGGGUAUAAUUAGAGGUGCAAAGCACUGGCCGUUUGAAAUGACUUGUGAAAUGUGGAAUGAAUUGUUACCAAUUAUAAGAACAGCAUUAAGUAAUUUAGCAGUGGAAACUGUUGUAGAUUGGAGUACAUGUUUUGCAACUGCCCUACAACGUAGAGAUCCAAAUCGACAUCACUGGUUUUUAGAAUGUUUGAUGGAAGAGCCUCCUUUAGGAGAAUCUGAAUCAUCUUUUGUAGAAUGUGGCCGUUUGUAUGCUUUACAAAGAACUCUCAGUCAACAAUCAUGGCGUGUUUCUCAAUUAAUGCAACGUUUACUUAUCCGCUUAGAGAAUAGAUUAUUAACAAAUCCAUUUAGAAAUUUAAGGGAACGCUUAGGAUCGUUAUUAGUUACUGUAUUUGAAGCAGAUCUCAGAUUUCCGAACUCCUUUGCGAAUCAAGCAACGCCUCGAGCACAACAUUUUAUGGAUAAAAUAAUUCCAAAAUUGCAAUUACUUGCUCAAGACACUAUAGCAUUGAUUAGCAAGGAAGAAAACUCUCUAGCCUCAGACAUGGCUAAUGUUAAUUUUAAUGAUUCUAUCAAAAAUUCUAAGUUGGAUGUAAACGAACGCGAAGCAGCAAUCAGAUUGCUUAAGAUUAUUUGCAGAUGGAUUAUAGGUAGUGUGUUUAGAUCGCAAUAUGGAACAUUACCUGGAUUUUACGAAUUAUUCCCUAUUAUUUGCCAAAUGGAAAAUUAUGAAACGGAUGAAGAAUUAACCAAAAUUUGUUCCGAAACGUUAGCUGUACUUGCACAAACAGUUACAUUACCAAGCGAUAUGCCAAUAGCUUUAGAUGCAAUUGUAAAAAUGUCCAAACACUUAUCAUGGUGGGCAAGAGCUACUUGUUUGGAAUUUCUUCAAGUUUUAAUCUUUUAUAACAUGAGCAUUGUGCUAAGCAAAGAUGAAUGGGUUAAUUGUAUCAAAGAAGUUGUUUUAAAUUUAUUGGAAGAUAACCGCUUAGAAGUACGAGAAAAAGCUGGACAUGUUCUUGGCGGAUUAUUACAUUGUGCAUUCAUUCCAGAACAAAAGGCUUUACUAGAGAAAUUUAAAUUGAAAGCAAAAACAAAAUUGCAUAAAAAAUGUGCAAUAUACAAUAAAACAGAAGCAGAAAGGAAUGCAAAUUUGGAUGCAAUACGUUUGCGACAUGCAGGUGUUCUAGGACUUUGUGCAUUUAUUCGUGCACAUCCAUAUGAUAUACCAAAUUAUUUGCCGCCUGUUUUUGAACAUCUGGGUCUUCAUUUAAAUGAUCCUCAACCUAUACCAACAACUAUAAGAAAAACACUUGGCGAUUUUAAAAGAACACAUUAUGAUGGAUGGACCGGUGUGAAUGGACAUGCACAGCAUUUUACAGAAGAACAAUUGGCUGUGCUGCAAGAUUUAUCAGUACCACCUUCGCAUUAUGCGUGACUGAGAAAUAAAGUUUAAUAUAUUCUCUCUCUUUAUAUAUAUAUAUAUAUAUAUAUAUAUAUAUAUAUGUAUAUAUAUAAUAUAAUAUAGUAUAAUAUAAUAUAAUAUAAUAUAAUAUAAUAUAAUAUAAUAUAAUAUAUAUUUUCUUUUUAAUAUUGAAAGAAACUUUAAUGAGAAAGUAAAGUUUACAAUUACGGAAGUCUUACUGAAACUAAUGAUAUAAAUUAUACCUUAUACUUACUUAAUUAUAAAAAAGUGGUGUUGUGUGCUACAAAGACAUGUUGUUUCUAUCUGGCUUUAUUUAUAUUUAUUCAAAUAAAUUGAUAUCAGAUCACA